UGUAAAAUCUUAAAUGUUGUUCUCUUAUGCAUCGUAAUUAAAAGGUUAGUGAGUUAGAUAUUCAUAAACGCGUUCAAGUGAAAACGGUUGUGAUAAGGUUCAGAAUGGGGAAACUAAGGAAGAAACACAACUGGAAAGGAAGACAGCAAAGCGACCCUCAAGAAUCAGCGACUGAAGUGAAGUCAGAAAUUGUGAUAGAACUACAAGAUGGAGCCAAACUGAAAGGUGUGGAUGAGAGCAACGCUCUGGUGCUUCCAGCCAGCAGAGCGACCAAGAAGAAGAAGGAUUCUCUGCAGACUGUCAGCAGGAAAAGACCUCUGACUAAAAAGCAGAGGAAGGAGCUGCAGAAGGUCCUGGAGCGCAAGGAAAAGAAAGCUCAGGGUGGUUUCAUACCAGAUUCGAUAUGAAGGCAACGUGACAAGCGACACAAAGAUCAAGUUCAUGACAGACGGUGUCCUGCUGAAGGAGAUUCAGAAGGAUUUUCUUCUUCAGAAAUACACUGUAAUAAUUAUAGAUGAAGCACAUGAAAGGAGCGUCUACACAGACAUCCUCAUGGGGUUAUUGUCCCGCAUCGUCCCCCUUAGAAACAAGAAACAGAUGCCUAUGAAGCUGCUGAUAAUGUCAGCUACUCUGAGGGUGGAGGACUUCACAGAAAACCAGAAGCUGUUUCGGACGCCUCCGCCCGUCAUCACAGUGAAUGCUCGUCAGUUCCCAGUCACCAUCCAUUUCAACAAACGCACCCCACUGGAGGAUUACGCCGGAGAAGUCUUUCACAAGAUCUGCAAAAUCCACCGGAUGUUGCCCGCAGGUGGAUGGAACAACAGUGUUUUCUGCCGGUUCAAGGUCUGCUGCGGCGCAUCUCCAGGAACAACAAGCAACAUCCGAUUACAGGAUGACACUAUUUCUCUGUCAGCUGUGAACAUGUGAACAUGUCAUCCGUGGUACCAGUCGAAGACUGAAAUUUCAUCCUCUCCACUAGCUUUGGGCGACUAACAGAGAAUGUAUUGGUUUUCAUUGCAGGUUUUGUUGUUAGGAAGGUCAUGAGGCAGCUUUCAUGUGAUGUAUGUCCUAACAGUUUGGUGUGAGAGACUGCAACAGCAUCGUUCUGAAAGCUACCACCUACUGACCUUGAAAAACAACGGAGCUCUGAUUCCAAGCACAGGCACAAUCAAGGUGAUGUUUUUGAUCCUCACCACCAUAUUGUUGAAACUCAAGAUGGCAUUCACUUCAGCCGCAUGUCAUGUUGAUUGUGACCAGUUUUCAAACAUUGAUAAAAGGGUCAGUUUGUAAGCCAUCUUUAAUUUGAUUGGAAUUUCCCUGGGGAUCAAUAAAGUAUCUAUGACCAAACUUUAUAUAUAUGUAUACCGGUAUAUGUAUAUGUAUGUAUCUGUAUAUCUAUAUAAUAAAAUAAGUUAAUUCAAAAACAAGUACACAUUUUUUGCAAUACUUCCGUACUGCUUAUUCCCUCAUCUAAUUGAACCAGCUGGAAAUUGUAUAUAAAUCAGGAAAUUCAGAGAAAAAAUCCUUAUUCUUAAGAAUUCAACACAUAAAAAUAAAGCUCAAUCAAAGGCUUUUUAUUUUCUUAAAUCUUACCAUGUGUGCAGACUGAUGAAUAGCCACACUUCACUGCACCUUCUUAAAUCCCAUGGUCUCAGUAGGAAGGUACUUAUUACCUCCAUUGCCUUUUCUUUUUGGCCUCAUUUUUGUGAAAUUAAUAAUGACAUGGUGGAAAAAGUAAGAGAAACAAAGGGUUUAAAAGAUGGGAUACUAACUUCAUCAGGACUGCACAUUUCAGUAUUUUUUUAUUUAUUUUUUUUACAUUGCGUCAUAAUUCACACCAGUUUUGAAACUUCAAAACGUGUUUUCCACGGUGCAAAUAUUUCCGUCACGUAUGCAGCAUACUUAUCCUUGCUCGUACUGCAUCCUGUAGAUAGAAAUCUAGUUCCUUCAGCAUUUAUCACAAUCUUCGCAGCGAGUUCCUCUUCUACUCUUCCAUGCACUUACAACAGAACCAACAGACUUAAAAACAAUUAUUUCGGUGUGUAAGUGUCUGAAGCAACAAAGACUGUGCCGUGAUACAAACUAAAAGCUACAAUUUCCAACCAAACAAACGUUGAUGAAUAUAGAAAUUUCACCUAAACACAACACAUAAACUAGUUGCAUUAUUUAAUUCAGCAGCCCUUAUUUGAUACCAUUUACAGUUUUUCUUACUCUUGAAAUACUGACAAUACGUGACCCAAACACUUCUGGUUUGAUCUGUGACAGAAUAUUUAUGUCUUCUCUGAAAUAUAACCAUAUAUGACAGUGCAUGAUUCCUGCUGACAGACAGAUAUCUCAAAGUUGGAACUUAUCUCACUAAAUAUGCUUUCAUGUGGCUUCAGAAUCUCGUCCGCGGUGCUUAAGUAGCUUUUGUUUGCGAUGCACAUCAUUUGCUGCUGCGCCGGUCUGUCCCAAAGCAGCGUGUCUGACUGUGGACGGUAGUCUGCUUGGACUGGCUCGCAGGAUGGUGACACAGAUAAAGCACAAGGCUCAGUUCCAGGAGAGCACAGCAUUUUGAGCUCAGGAUCUCCCUUUAAGUUUGUUUGAUUGAGCAGAGGUUUGACAUUUAAGAUCUCAAUGUCACAGCAGAUGCACUCCUCCACACGCUGAGAUUGCGUCCACUGAUCAGUCUGUGCAAACGUACAGAGACUAUAGGUCAAAUGUAACAAACAGAAAAAAAAAUGCGAAAACUAACUAGUUUAAACAACAAAACAUAUGUCUAUGUAAUAAAUAUGUACAGCAUAUGAAAUGUUUUUGUUUUGUUCUAACUGUUGUAAUACAUUUUUUCCCCUGUUUUUUUGUGUUUGUUCUUUUCAAAUGUAUAGUGGACAUGCUGCUACAAUUAAAUGUAUAGAGCUGUGCCUGUGACUGUCUGCCCUUUUUUUUUUUUUUAAAG